CUCAUUUCCAAAUCUCAUUACAAACGUGUGGAUGUCAGUCAAGUGUCAGUGGAUAUUUUGAUCUCCAUUGUCUCCAUAUUAUUGUUCAUAUAUGCAUGAUUGAGUGGCAAAUAUGAAGCAGUGAUAAAAAUGUAGAGAUUUGUAGAGAAAAGAUCGUAUUAUGUGUCUAAACAAAAAACAAAUUUAAACAUUAGAAGCAAAAAAGAUUUACUAAGGUUAGACGAAAAAUAUAGGAAACACAUCCUACCGAAAAAAAUUAUGUGCAAAAGCUUAAUUGUAUUGUAAAUAAUAUAUAAAAAGAAAAAAGAUGUGUGCUUAUGCAAAAAAACAUAUAUAAGAAAUAUUAUAAGUAUUAUUAAAAAUCUCACCUAUAGCAAGGACUCUUUAUUAUAUGUAUAUCUUAUUUCGUCAAAAGCAGUUUAUCCUUCAAGAGUUAUUGUUUCUCGUGGAAAUUCACACAAGCCAGCAUGACUACUCCAAUCAGCACUGCCAUGGACAGUUUGAGCGCAGCUCUAAAAUCCAACAUUAUCCCCAACCAAGAAUAUCUGCUGCAGGGAUCAGUAUUGGAUACGUCAGUAGAGGUAUUAUUGCAUAGACUUCGUGGUUUGUGCGAUAAUGUAGACACUGGACCAGAACCUUUCUAUGACCAUGAGAUGUGUUUUAGCAUUCGAAGAGGUUCACCGCAAGAACAACCAUUGCUACUGCGAGUGCGACGUGCUCUAGACCCAAUUCACUCAGACAUGCCAUGGCAAUUGCGAUACAUCGGCCAACCUGAAUUAGGUGAUAAAUCUCGACCGACAGUCGUACGCAGUAGCAUUGAUAUCGCCACUAACAACACUGUGGUAGAGUUUCUUACCGAGCUGGGCUGCAAACUAGACUUUGAAUAUGUCACUCGUGGUUAUAUGUUCCGUAAAGGUCGAAUGAAGAUCACCGUGUCGAAGAUCUUUAAGGUAAAUCAAGGCAAAGUGCCAGAAAGUGUACCAGAGAUGAUAUCACAGAGUUACUUGGUGGAGCUGAGUGUAUUAGCUCCCAGUGGACAAGACGCCAUAGCAGAGGACAUGAGGAUAUUCGCCGAACAGCUGCGACCUUUGGUACAACUGGAAAAGAUAGAUUAUAAAAGAUUGGUCCAUUAGUUGUAGGAUUUUCUAAUAGUCUAUAAUGUGAAUAACUAAAGCAUAAUGUAUCAAAAAAUUGAUUAGACAGACUAAUCUAAUUUUGUAAUUAAAUAAACAAAAAGCAACGAAAAUUCUU